UUACUGUGAGAACUAAACAAAGUAAGCCUUAUUUUAAAUUUAGUUGUUUCUCACUUUCUCCCCUAAAGCAUUACUCUAACUUCCAAGAUACAGCACCAGCUGACUGCCUAAUAAAGAUUUUUAGACACGGAUUAUGUCUGGGGAGAGAGAGCAGAGCAAGAGAAAUAAUUUCAGAUUUUAAAAGCCUUUAAACUUAAGUCCACCUAUAGUCAUUUAAUAAAAUGGAUUCCCAUGUUCAAAUGGAAGUCAGCUUUUUCUUUUUUCUCACAAUGAAGACAAGCACAUUAUCAUCAGCUCUUUCUUGCAUAUUUGGAAAAUAUAACUGAACCUCAGUAAAGCGCUUACCUGGAGCAGGUGGGGGGACUGGGAGGAGGGAAAUAUUGCGUCAGCAAAUGAGCUUAACCAGAUUCCUGGGGCUUGUGAGCACCUCUGCAUAAAGUAGAUACUUAAUGUGUUUGAAAUGGUCUACCUGUCCCUGCCCAGGCCUGCAUCUCGCUUGCCCCUCGCCCUGACCAUUCUGCUCUCGCCCGCAGGUCAUGAUGAUGGGCAGCACCCGCGUGGCCGAGCUGCUGCUGAUCCACGGCGCGGACCCCAACUGCGCGGACCCCGCCACCCUCACGCGGCCCGUGCACGACGCCGCCCGGGAGGGCUUCCUGGACACGCUGGUGGCGCUGCACCGAGCCGGGGCGCGGCUGGAUGUGCGCGAUGCCUGGGGCCGCCUGCCCGUGGACCUGGCUGAGGAGCGGGGCCACCGCGACAUCGUCGGGUACCUGUGCGCCACCGCGGGAGACUGAUGGCGGGCGCACCCAGCUGCCCACAACGACUUCUCUUUUCUCCCCAGCUCCCCAUCCCCAACUUAGUCCAACCAAGGCUGCCACGCAGAGCGGCUUUCGGAAAGCCUUCCUGGGCGACUGGAUUCCUCAAGGGAAGGAGGGGCAGGCCAGAAAUAAAUCCUUUUUCUUUUUUCUUUUCUGGGUCCCACCCUGGACCCUCACCUGUAGCCAAAGGCAGAGAGGUGGGGCCAGAGGUGUUCGGCGAGAUCUGGGGGCGGAAUGUUUCCUUCCCCGCUGCCCUUUACUGGCGGAAAAGCGGUGUGCGACGAAGGCCAUGAAGCGCCCUGGAGAUGGGGGACAGGGUCGGAGGCAGCGGGCUUGGCCUCUGAUGGGAGUCGGUGAGAUGGUCACCGCACUGACCUUGAUGGAGCCCCUCGUAAGUCCUCACUUGGGGCUCACGGGGCAAACCCGAAGACCGAGGACCGGAGGAGGACGGUGAGGGCUGCUGUGGGUGUCAGGAGGCGUAGAGCUUUACUUAUCGUGCGAGCGAGACACAGCAAGUCA